CGCGACGACGGUUGCUUGGUUACCCCGGGGUCACCCUCAAGUGUCGCGCUCUGCAGUGACAGCCGGGAUCCCCCUUCCUGCACGAGAAUCAUGGCGCGGAAGAAGAAGCUGGGGCUGAUCGCCGAGAUGGCCAGGAAGAUCCGGGCGUACCGGGAGCUGAAGAACCGCCCGCGGGAGUCCCAGCGCUAUGCCCUGGACUAUCAGACCUUGACCCGGCCAUUCAGUGGCAAGCGUUUGCCGGUUCUUGCUUGGGAGGAUGUGAAGAGGGAGAAACGACUGUUCACUCUACUCUCUGGCCUGCGGUCGUUUGGGGUAGGACGGAUGGUGACCAGGAAAUCCUGGCUGCAGGAAUACGAGGAACCCUGUUACUGGACUAUAACGAAGGUCAAAGUGGAUUACACGUCAGAGAACAUGGACCAUGGCCGAGCUUGGGGUUAUCUAACAUUUAGAGGAAAGCCAGAGACUGAGGAGAAGGAGAUAACCAAGGUCAUGUAUCACGACUGGCGCCUCUUACCUCGGCACGAAGAAGACUGCUUUAAGAGUUUCACCCCUCAGCCAGAGCCGGAACCUGUGCGUUAUGUGCCAUAUCCACCUAUCCUGAGAGCCUUCAUUUUGGCCGAGAUGCAGAAGAAAGGAAAGCCUAUAACUGAGCCCAUGCUGGACUUGCUGAAAAUCCGCUCUUUCUCCAAACAGGCGUUUGAGGAGGAGAGAAAUGCCAGAAUGGGGACACCUGUGUAGGACGUGGGCUCCCUUAGAUAUCUGCAAACCGUGGCUCAUUCGUGGUGGUCAUGGUCCAAAAACCAUGCAAGACUUUGUGUCGUCAUAAGUCAGGACAUUAGGGGCAGAGGUCAUCACAAGAGUCCUUCCUAUAGUAGGAAAGUAACCGUAUAGAUCUGUAUGGUAAUCUCCAUUGUCAUCCGGGUUUCUCUACCCCAGAUUGUGUUACUGCAUAAAGAUUGGAGCAAGACUCCAUUAACUGACAGAGACUGGGUAAGGCUACGGGCUGACAGUGGGAAGUUAUUAUGGAACGUAUAAUAAACUCUGUUUAUAUCAA